GGAUGACUACACAGUUUGCCUCGAUUCCGACAUGACUAGGAGCGGAGUUAUCGAUUCCACAGAGCAGAAAAAGAUCGAUUCAGAUGUGAUCGAUAAUUGCAACAUACCACAAGAUACCUCACAAUACACGAUCUCAGAGAAAAAAGCGCCCAACUUAGCCACUUUUUACUUCAAUCACGACACGAAUACCAGCAUGGAUGAAGCAACGCAACAAUUUGCCUUGGAUACGGUAAAUUCACGAAAUAAUGUCCUAGAUAACAGCGCCAGUGCAGGAGUUGAAGAAACGAACGAAAAUGUUGCACAUUCUAGACCGAAAUUGAAUAAACCUGCGAGGGGACCCAGGCCGAAAUCGGUUCCAGAAGAGAAAAUCAAAAUACUGGUGCAAAAAGUUGAGGAACUGGUGAGCGCCGACAGGAAGCAGCUCCACAAAAUAUCGAGGGUGAACAAAUGGCUGAGUCUGGAGAAGCCCGACGACAGCUGCGACGCCAGCGGAGAAGACGACGAAAAAGAGUCCCAAACGUCCGAAGACGUAGACACGAGCAGCGCCACCUUGCGGGAAGAGCAGUACUCCAUGUCGCAGAACACUUCUUUCGACGAGUUGAUUUCGAAUAGCGGGAGUCACCAAUGGCUGGGCUCGAUAACACAGUUCGAUGACAUUACCUCCACUACGGUUAUGAACAACUUCUCGAUAUCGGAAUCAGCCCUCCAUCAGAUGAGCCUAUCUCCGAAAGGGUCUGACAGGUUUUCGAAUUAUUUCCCCACAGCGAGCAGCAAUAAUGUCAACGUCAAUUCCAACAAUUCCACAUCGUCAACAGUAGAAGAAGUAUCACCUCUGAUAACAGAAAAAUCGUCACCUAUUCGUAAGAAGAAAUCUAGGCUGAAGAAAAAAACAGCUUUCGGCAAAUCAGAUACCCACCUCCUCUACAACCCCGCUGCAGAAACCAUCAGAACACACCUCAUCAAAUCGGGAUCUUUUCCUGGAUACAGUUCACAUCUCACCAACAACGACAGGACAGCCGACAAUGACCUUGUUACUGGCCACAUUUCGAUCCAAGGGGUAUACUGCGACACCUCCACCACUAGUGGUGCCGACAGUGAAGAAGAUAACAACACAAGCACGGUAAACUUCAAAUACGGCGAAAAAACUAGAUACUUACAUGGAGUGGAUAGCAGGGAUGACAGUCCUGGUAAAAUCAGUUUGAAGAAUGCAGAAGAGCAAUCCAGUUCACUGUCUGAACAAGCAUGGGACAAUUAUCAGGAAAACUAUUUGUCGGAGCCGUACAGUGAAUCACAUGACUCGGACGCGGCGAGGCGGCUCCUGAACUUCGGCGAGGACUACAGGAACUUCAUCGACAGCCAGUCCGAUUGGUCGGCCCUUUCCGACAUUUCCCCGCGGAUGAAGAGGAAAUCUAGGGUAGCGUCGAAUGAAGAAGACUCGAACGAGGACGAGGAGUCCUUGAGGCAGAUCAUCAACGAAUCGAAAGAACAACUGAAAAAUGCGGAGGAGAUUAGCGAGCAGAUCAAAGCGGGGAUCAAUAAUUUUCUGGUUACCAAUGAAAUAGAAGAGCUUAUUUCAACCUGUGAUCGACAUGUCAAUAUAUUGGACCAUUUGAUAAAAUCAUCAGACGAGUACAAAAUGUCAGUUGGAGAUAAACUGGCCACAACCGACUUACUGAAUGGAUGGCGAAUAGUGAAAAGCAGAAGCAUAGCAAUGUUUGAGUAUAGAAGAAUCCGUAGACAAAUACUGGACGCUAAAUCAUUGCUGGAGCUGAUCAGCAUGCCAGGAAAAAAUGAAGCCUCCAAAAAUUUGUAUCCAGUUGCAGAUAUCCAUAAUGAAAUUGACGCUUGCAAUUCAGUCCAAGAGAGGAUAACUUCACAAGGAAUGAAGCUUGCUGCCUUGAAUGCUCUCGUCCACCGGUAUACGCUCGACAACCAAAAUUUGGAGGAGUUGAGUUCUACGCUGAAAAUCGAAAUCACAGAGUUGUAUGAGCUCUACGAUAAUGCCCGUACAUGUGUCGCCGACAAGUUGUGUCAAAUCGAAAGUAUUUUGCCGGCUUGGAAGACUCUGGAGUUUCGGUUGGAACAGCUGCAGAAGGAUCUGCAGGAAGACAAGAAGACCAUUCAUCUUCUGGACUCCUCACUGACCAACGGCAAUUUCAGCGACCAAACUGCCACGUCCGUAAGGGAAGUUGCAAAGUUAUUGUCGGAAAGUGUACAUCAGACGUACAGCCACCUUCACCAAGAGGGUUCCUUCUCCGACAGCGGCAUCUCCGACGAGGGCUCCGAGCAGGAGAUAGGCGAGAGACAGCGCCGGCUGGCGGCCAUCCGCCGGCUCGUCCGGCAGCUGGAGCUGGGCCUGGCGCCGGACUCGCGGGACCGGCUGGCGAUGAGAGAGAGGAUCGAGUUGGCCGAAGAGGAGCUCAAAGCGCUGCAGCUGCGCUGUAGGGCGCUGGUCGUGCGGUCGGCGGCGUGCUGCGUGACGUCAGCGGACGGAGUCAGGCCUCCCCAAGAGGAACAUCCCCCGAAAGCCCCAAUCGCCCCUACCGCGUCCAACGACAGUGGCGACCCGGGCAGCGGCCCUUCCUCCGUUUCGUACUUCCGGCGCAUCUUCAGGGCCUCCCUGCUCUUCCAGCUCGCUCUACUGGCCCUCGUCUGCGUGAGCUGGCUCUUCGAGCCGAAAUGCUGCGACCAGAUGAACAACUUCUCGUGGGGGCUGAGCCCCAAGUUGCAUUACGAGGGGCGACCGCCCAUAUGA